AUGGGUCUUGCCUCUAAACUCGCCGCUGCGCAGGCAGCUUAUCCUGGAGGUCCGCCGACAUCUCUCCAGCCUGGAGGUGGCGCUCCUCCCGGUGGCUAUGUGAGUACCUACGGUAUGCUGGAUGGCACCUUCAGCCACACUGACAACUCUCACAGGGCGGAGGACCAGCUGCAGGUCAAUAUCAGGCGUAUCCAGGUGGCCCUCCCUCGGUAA